AUGGAUAGUUGUUAUAGAAAAUUCCUGAGUCUUAACCUAAAACCUGAGCCAAGAAUCUACAAAUCAUUGAUAAGAUGGAGUUGUGUAAAUCAUAAUAUAGAACAAGCUAAAAAAUAUCUUGAGGAAAUGAUAUCACCACCAAUUAAUUUGAAACCAGAUCUAGAGAUAUUUAAUUAUAUGAUUGCAAGUGAGUGUAGAAAAUGUAAAACACAUUCUGCAUCUGAUAUAGCAAAAGAUAUGAAAAGAAAAUAUAAUAUGAUGCCAUCUGAAAUGAUUUUAAUUGCAAUUUUCAAAACUAUGAUUAGGAAAAAAAGGUUUAUAGAUGCAAGAUUUUUUGCAAAAGAAUGGGAUUUUCCAAAUCAUAUAAUCAAAAUAUUAGAAGCAAAACAAUAA